UUGGAAGCAGCGACUGUAGCACCAUUUCGGACAUUGGAAGAAGAUGAAAAAGAUGAAUCAUCUUAUUACAAAAAUAAAGUCGUCUUUCUUUCAAAGGAGGAUGCAUUUCGAAAUCCAAUUGGAAGCCUUGGAUGGAAAUAUCCAUUUGUUGUAGCAUUGUUAUCUCUUCUAGAACUUGUUAAAACAGCUUUGAAUUCCAUUGGUUUAAUAUUUUGCAAUGCUUCUGUCAUUUUAGUUUUACGAGGUUUUCUUUGCUUCUUCACAAUGUUCACAUCAUGGGCAAUUCUCAAAAAGAAGCCAAAACAGAGGCACGUAAUUGGUGUUUCAUUUGCAUUUGCAGGUUUGGUUUUUGUUGGUGGAUCAGUCAUUGGUUGGAAGAAUUCAUUUGGCAAAAAAGUCAAAUUUGCGUCCAAAUCUUUAUUAGGAAUUGCAAUUGCAUUAUGUGGGCAAUUCGUAGCAUCAAUUCAUUUUGUUUUGGAAGAGAAACUAAUGAAAGGAGUUGAGAAACCAGUUCCACCUAUAUUCAUCAUUGGAUCAGAAGGAAUUGCUGGAAUUGUAAUAUCACUUGCAAUUUUUUUGCAAAUUACAACUGAAUUCAUGGAAAAGAUCAUGGAUCAUAUGAGAACUUAA